CUUCCAGAUGAAACUGAUCAAAAAGAAAAGAUAUCAAGAAUUUUUUGGAUGUCAAUAAUCUAUUCUCUUGGAAUAACUGUUGAUGAAAAGGAUGAACAAUAUUUUAUUGCAUACAUUAAGCAACUAGAUGUGUCACUUCCUAAUUUUGGAUCUGUCUUUGAUUAUGGCCUUGAUAACAAUAUGGAAUGGUUUAAAUGGAGCAAUUUAUUACCUGAUGUAUGGGAGCCACAUUUGGGAGUAUAUUCUGAGAACUGGUUGAUACCAACUGAGAAGACCCUUCAGUAUGAAUAUAUUUUAUCAUUAUUUAUGAAAGAAAUGAAACCUGUUCUAAUUGUUGGUAAAACUGGUGCAGGAAAAACUAUUAUAAUUGAAAAUUUGCUUAAAAGAUUGAAUUCAGAUUCUUAUAUGCACCAUGUUAUUAAUAUAUCUUCACAGACUACUUCUGCGCGUCUGCAGCGCAUGCUAGAAAGUAAACUGGAAAAAAAAGCUGGAGGUGUACUUUUUCCACCAUUAGGUAGGAGACUGAUCGUAUUUUUAGAUAAUUUUAAUAUGGCUAAGCAGGAUCAGUAUGGAUCUCAGUCAGCUCUUGAACUUCUUCACAUGGAAAUUGACAAUAAAAUUUGGUAUAAUCGAGAUAAAUGGAAGAUCAACUCAAUACAGAAUAUUACAUUUAUUGCUGCUAUGUCUCCACCUAGAAGAAGUGAGAGUAAAAUUUCUCAGCCACUUUUGAAUCGUUUUAAUGUUAUUAAUAUAAUACCACCACAGGAUCAAGAACUGAAACGCAUUUUCAUCACAUUGCUUAGAAAAAAAUUUGUUGAACCUUCAUUGGACAUUCGUCGAUUGAUCAAUGCUAUAACUUUAGGGAGUAUAAAGGUGUAUAAAUCUGUGAUGGAGAUUUUUCUUCCAACACCUGCAAAACUGCACUAUUUAUUCAGCUUGCGAGACAUAAAAAAG